AUGGGCUCCGUGCUGAGCAGCGAUAACGGGAAAUCUGCGCCCGCCUCGGCCACCCCGCGGGCCCUGGAGCGCCGGGGGGACCCCGAGCUGCCCGUCACGUCCUUCGACUGUUCUGUGUGCCUGGAGGUGUUGCACCACCCCGUUCGGACCCGCUGUGGCCACGUAUUCUGCCGUUCUUGCAUCGCUACCAGUCUAAAGAACAAUAAGUGGACCUGUCCUUACUGCCGGGCCUACCUUCCUUCCGAAGGCGUUCCAGCAGCUGAUGUCGCCAAGAGAAUGAAAUCUGAGUUCCGGAAUUGCACCGAAUGUGACACUCUGGUUUGCCUCAGUGAAAUGAGAGCACACAUAAGAACAUGCCAGAAGUACAUAGAUAAGUACGGACCACUGCAAGAGCUUGGAGAGACAACAACAAGGUGUGUAUGUCCUUUUUGUCAGAAGGAAUUGGAUGAAGACAGUUUGCUGGAUCAUUGCAUUACUCAUCACAGAUCAGAAAGGAGACCUGUGUUCUGUCCGCUUUGCCGUUUAGUACCUAAUGAGAAUCGAAGCAGCUUCAGUGGCAGCUUAAUAAGACAUUUGCAAGUCAGUCACACUUUGUUUUAUGAUGAUUUCUUAGAUUUCAAUAUAAUUGAGGAAGCUCUUAUCCAAAGGGUCUUAGACCGGUCACUUCUGGAAUACGUGAAUCACUCGAAUACUGCAUAA